AUGGCGUCGGAAGUGCUGAGGGAGCUAGAAGCCGCGGCGCAAAUCAUUCUGGCGCCACCGAAUCUAGUCUCAUUAGAGCAGCGUCAAUCUGCGGAAGCUGUGUUCUUAAAUUUUCGUAAAACGAAGUCGCCGUACAACUUGUGUCAACAAAUUUUAGAAUCGAGUACUGUAGAUUACAUAUUGUUUGAAACGGCCGGUUUAAUAAAGACGGCUCUGAUUCAAGAGUGGUCAAAUCUGUCGGAAUCUGACAUUUCUUCUUUACGAAUGUAUUUGUUACAUUAUGUUAUGAACAAGCCUACGUUAGCGCCAUAUGUUAGGGCAAGAAUACUCCAAGUUUUUGCAAUAAUGGUUAAGAGAGGUAGCGUGAAUGACUUUGGACAGGAGAGAGGUAAAAUAUUAGAUGAAGUAGAACUUUUAAUUAAGAGUGGGAACUUACCAAAUCAAAUUUUGGGGUGCAAUAUUUUAUCUGCGAUAUUGCAAGAAUAUGCAACGACUGUUAAAUCGUCUGAUAUAGGUCUGACAUGGGAGGUCCAUUUUAAAGAGAAGAGACAAUUUGAACAAAGCGAUAUGAAAAAAAUUUUCAAGUUUUGUAUUGAAAUAUUAGGUGAAUUAAUCAAGAAAGACUUUGAUGAGUCGACAUUACCUCUCGUGAAGUCUUUACUUUCUAUCGUGGAAAGUAUACUAGUCUGGGGAUUUGUUUACGCAAAUUUACCUAAAAGAUUACUGAACUUGUGCGAAGUUUAUGAAGCUGGAAAUAACCCACCACUAAGGUUGCAGCCACAGUGGCAGGAUGUAAUACUAGAUCCAGCAGUAUUAGAUUUAUUUUUUACAUUGUAUUGGAAAGUGCGCAGCAAUCCGCAAUUAGCUCACCAUGCUAUGAAUUGUCUGAUACAACUGGGAAGUUUGCAUGGUAAAGUCCUGAGUGCAGAACAAGUGAAACUGGAAUACGUGACAAAUUAUAUCCAGAGAUUUUUGAAGCUUGUAUCAAGUAUUGAGAUUAACGAUCAAGAGGCAAAUGGAAUUACCAACAUUAUUAGAAAGAUUAAUUAUUUCUUUCAAAGUUCAUUGAGAAUUCUUCCCGGAGACUUAUAUAAGACAUUUAUAGAAGAAAUAACAAGAUUAACGUGCUUAUUUAUAGAAUGUGCUGCACAAGAAGAAUCGUCACAUGCUGAUGAUUGUUUAUACAUGGAAGCUAUGGAACAUAUGUUUGAUGCAUGGUCAUGCAUGUUAUAUUCAUCAUAUGUAUUUCCACCAGAAUUUUGUAAGCAGAGCUCUAUUCAAAUAUUUAAUAUGUACCUUCGAUGUCAUUUAUCACCUCCGGAGGGUGUGAGAAACGCUGGUGGGAAAAGUCUUAGCGAGGAAGUAGCAGAUGUCGAAGUUGAUGACAAAGUUAAAUUUAAGGAUCAGUUACAAAUAAUUGGAAACUUUGCUAGACAAGUACCAGAACAUUCUUUACCUUUAUUAGCGCAAUUACUCGAAGAUCGAAUACAUAAAUUGCGCGAUAAUCUGAACAUAUUAGUUGAACAAAAUGAAUCGUUAUCCCGACCCGCUUCUAUGGAUGAGUUGUACGAAGAUUUGCAUUGGCUCGUCAUGAUAACAGGGCAUGUUCUUAGCAUGGAAUCGGAUGGUGAGACUGCAUUAAUACCUUUGGAAAUUACGCGAUGCAGUAUGAAACAGUCUCGAGAGGGAAACGUUGAUGUGAAUCGUACAUUGGAGUUUUUAGUGUCUUCGCAAAAUGUACAAUCGGAUAUCAGCAGUUCCACGGACUCGAUUGAUCGGGUUAUUCGAUUAGUUACGGGCAUUUUCCGUUUGUGCACUAUUGAAAAAACUGCUAUAUCAAUACAUUUGGAAAAUAUGCUGAGUCCUGAAUUGAGCAGUACAAUAAUAUGGUUUUUACAUAGAUGGUCGGAGAUGUAUCUUUUACCAACUGAGGACUAUUACUUGGAAUUAAGUACUACGCUUUUGCAUGCUUUUGGUGAGGAUAGUCCUGGUGCGUUAUGGGCAAUGAAUUUUCUCCUGGAUAAAGUAAUUUGCAACAUCAACGCUUUCAAAAGUGAACCAGCGUUAAUAGACGAAACUAUAAAAUUAUUAAUAUCUCUUGUUAAUUCGCGAUCGAGAGCCUCCUGCUUAUCGAAAUCUGAACAGUUCAAUUAUAUCAUUGAAUUGACUAUGAAAGGGCAGUACGAUUUCCCGCAGGUUGUCAAAAGAGGUUUAAUGCGUGCGGUGGUUCAUGCCGGUAGCGUGAUAAUGCCCGAGCAGUAUUACUGGUCGCGAACUCUAGAAGUCUUGCAGAACAGAUUCACACAAUUAAUUUCUAGUGACAAUUUUAUGACAUCCUACCACGAAGAACAGAUUAAAGUUCAAUUCAUAGAUAUAUUAGAAUCCUGUAUAGGUGUCGUACAAGGUGCUGAAAGUCCGAUAGUUACACCUGUGUAUCAAUAUACUUUCCCUAUAUUAGCCGAACUUCCAAAAAUGUUAUCUUUGUAUCAUAAUUAUCAAGAUAUAGUGCAGCUGAUAUUAGAACUAUUUAAUGAAUAUACAAAAAUUCUAUUUUUCUUACCGAACGUUGAUAGCUUGCGUGUGUAUGAAACUUGUAUGCAAGUGAUGGAAGCGUAUGCUCGCUGUAAUACUCACCGGGUUACUGUAGACUCGACGGCGGAAGAGGACAGUUUUCAAGAUAUUCUAUUACUUAUGCGAUUAUUGACCAAUUUAUUAAUUAAAGACAUAUUUAAUUUAAAUCAGGAAACAAACCAAUCGACUAAUCAAUCGACUAACCAGUCUACGUCUGCAGCACCGGUUGCCGAACCUAUACCAUCUACUGAAGUUUUUCUGUAUGGCUUAAAUAUAAUUAUGCCUAUGAUGACAUUGAAUUUGUUAAAUUUUCCAUCGCUAUGCCUACAGUAUUUCAAAAUGAUAGCAUUUGUCUGCGAUUUAUGUCCUGAGAAAAUUUGCGACCUAUCUGUUAAACUGCUACAACAGCUUUUAGCGUCAGUAGAAUUAGGUUUAUACUCGUUCGGUAAUGAAGUAGCCGGCCUUUGCUGUGAUACAAUCCAAGUCUUAACCAAGCAUAUUUGGGAUGAAACUGCACGUCGUCAACAGCCGCGCAAUGAGAUAAUGGCACCUUUUCUGAACUUACUGAUAACUCUCUUUUUGUCACAUCAAAUGGAUUCAGAUCUGAUCCCGAACGCUAGUACGCCUCUCUAUUAUCUUAUAUGUUGUUAUCAAGAACGGUAUCAGCAACUCAUACAGAAUAUUGUGUCCACUCAAACGGAUCCAGAAGCAGCACAAAGAUUAGCGAAUGAAUUUACCGCACUAACCCAGGGUGUGAACUUAGAUAAUGUAACUAAUCUCGAUCUUCGUUCUCAAAGAAUGAAAUUCAAAGAAAAUUUUGAAAAAUUUGUCGUGAGCGUUCAAGGAUUCUUAAGGGUUAAGUAAAAUAGGAAAAUUAAAAUGUAAAUAAACAAAAAUAAAGGUUUUAUUUAAACAAUACACGCAUGAAAUUAGAUGUUAUAUUGUAUUGUUUAAAUCUUGUUAUCAUUUGGAUUUUUAGAAAUUGGAUUUUUAUUGUACGUUUAACCGUAUAGUUAGUUUCACGCUUCAAUUUUUUUUUUAACGAUGAUUAACUGUCAGUUAAUGAUUUUAACGAAUUUAGUUAAUGAUCUAUCCGCACAAGAAUCAAAUUAGUUCAGUUCAUCCUCGUUUUAAACGGCAUAAAUAAACUCGAUUAACCGUAAUGCAUACGAUAAGAACUUUUCACAUAUGAGUAGUCGAUAGGUAUGUAAAAGUAACUAUGUCCAAGAAUAUAAAAACGUUAAAUAUUAGAAUUUUUGGAUUCCGUAGUUUCUUGAUUACGAGAAUUUUCUUGAUUACGAGAAUUGAACAUUUAAAAUUUGCAAAAAUAAUUAAUAAUCAAAUCAAAUAAUAUAAAAUUAACGGAGAAAAGAUCUUAUUGAGCUUGAAUGAGAAAAAUUAUAUAAGUUUUCAAUUUCGUAAAAAAAUUUCAUGGAUUUAAUGACUUUUGCCAAAGGGCUACUCAUAUAGAUGUUAUUGCAAAAAGGACUUACAUUAAGCAUAUAAGCUUUUUAUUGACCGAUUUAUUACACGUUACCACUUACAGUGAGCCUAGCGAAAUAUUCGAAUAACCAUAAUAUAAUAUUUAUAAUAAAUAUUUAUAAUAAAUACUAGUUACAGCAUCGAUGCACGUUUCCGAUAGCAAACGGUCAAACGAAAACGUUAUUUCGUAACGGAUAUCCGGUUACCUUACAAACAAACACAUGAACUUAUAUACUUGGUACAGAUCGCAUUGCGUCGUUAGCCAUCCCAUCAUCGUGUCGUCUCGCGGUGAUCCACGAAUGUUUCACAAAGGAAUGCUUUAUUAAAGUAACAUUAAAUUUAUUUAUAUCUUUAUAUAAUUUAUACUUUGUGUUAUAUAUAUAAGCGAACGUGUCCUCUCGCGCUCUCUCACAUACUUUCUCCUUUCACGCAUUUCCACUCGGGUCCUCUUUCUCUCUCUCUCUCUCUCUCUCUCUCUCUCUCGCGCUUUUUCUUCUCUUUCCCUGUCUUUCAGUCUCUUUUACACUCUCAUUCUCGCCAUGUCCGUUUCUUUUUCUUAUAUUUCAUCUAAUAAUAACAAUGAUUAUUAAUCUCUCCAACGACUCUUAAAUGCGAUGUAAAUUCCUUUCGUAAUAUACGCACUUCUCUUUUCGUCCUUUCUCUUUCACCUACUCCUCAUCGUGUACAUCACUUUGCUCUUCGGCAUAGUCGAUAGAGAGUCUAGAGUUCAACUUAUAUAUUUAUGCAUUUAUUUCUCGAUACAUCAUACGGUGGUGUCAUUAACAAAAUAAAACUAUCAGAUAACUACAACAGUCAGCAAGCGAAAACGGAUAAUCGGUGGCGGGGCGUUUACACUCGGGUGUGAAGCCGCGAUCGAGAAUCGUGUGUGAGCGAUCGGAGAAAAAUGAAAAAAAAA